AUGUCGAAGAAGGCGAACGUGGAGGAGGUGGAGGGUGUAGCAGGGAUCAAGACGAUCAAGCAGCUGGAGAGGCACUUCUACCUGCGAUGCAAGAACAUGACGAAGACGAGGAAGCGAGCGAGGGAGCUGGCAGCGAAGAGGGCAAAACGGGUCAAGGAGAUCCAGGAUGAGCACAAGGUGAGCUUGAUCACAGCUCUUGGCAUGUGGGAGGCUGCCGGAAGGCCUUUGAGGAAACAGAAGAUUCCUCCUCCGACAGCUUCACAGCAGCAGUCGACCAGGGAAGCUUCAGGGUCAAGAGCCCCAUCGUCCUCGUCAGAGAGCGACGACGAUGAAGACGAUGACAACGUGUGGGCGGAAGUAUCGUUGCUGAACAGCUCGAAGCGAGACGACGGUGCUCCAGGUUCCAGCAGCUCGAAGGUCUCGAACCCGUUCGCUCAACUAGCUCAGCAUGAAGACGUGGUCAAGCAGAGGAAGAGCUCUUCCUCCAAGUCAACGAGCAAGUCACGAACGGAGGCAGUCACCAACGGAUCCAACGUGAGGCAGGGGGGCGCGUUCUCAGAUCGCUCGGUGCAGGACGACCGAAGGAAGCCGCAGAAGGAAAUGGCAGGAGCUCGUCCUGCUAAUCCUCAGCCGCAUCGUGACGAGAGUCCGGACAAGACUUCUUCCUCAGGUUUCAGCCAUCCGGUGAGCAUGUCGAAGAAGAAGGAGCAUGGCUCCCGGGAGCUCGAGUACUCGUCGGAUGACUCGAGCAGAUCAGAGGCAGUGCCGAAGCACCACGAUGUCAAGGACGAAGUGGCAAUGGCGAAGGCUUCAGUUGGGAUUGUGAACCUGAAAGAAGCCGUCUCCUCGGUGAUGAGCUGUUGCGACGGGGAAGGGCUGUCGGUCAAGGAGAUUCAAGACAUUCUGAACAUCGAGAAGGCUCCUUCGCAGGGGAUGGCAAAUGCAGGACGGAAGCUUGUGCGGGCGAUCCUUGGGAUGUUGCUGAGCGAGAAGAAGAUCAAAGGAUUGGAUCCCGACGAGGAUGGGGUGCUCAAGUACAAGAUCAAGAAGAGGAGGGGCAGCAGAAUGGAGCAGGACGAAAAGAAGAAGCGGCCGCGGCCCGCGGCAUCGAGGGGGCAGGAGGAGAAGGGGAAGAGGAAGGAGGAGAACCUGGGGGCGAAUGAGAUGCUGAAGAAGCAGCAGGCAGAGAUCGCCCUGCUGAGCCAGAGGCUGCAGAGGUACGAGGACAACUUCCGCAAGAGCAGCGCACAUGAAUCGCGGCAACUGUCCUCUCCCAGGGCUCGCUCGCCUCCUCCUGUCGACCCUCCCCGGCCAAGGAUCGAGAGGGAACAGCAGCCUAGGCAGCAGGCUGUGGAGGAGGACGUGUACAUUAGCUGCGAGCCCGCGAGCGCCAGGAGAGGCUCACACGUCGAUUAUGUGCAGGUCAAGACGGAGGAGACGGAGUCGGAUUGA